CCGAGGAAGGAAAUCCAGGACCCCACUGGAUUUCUCCUGUGCUCCAUGUGCCCCCGGUGGCUCGUGCUCCUGCAGGCGUUCUUCCUGAUGAGCCCACGGGGUGCCUGGCCUCAGCCCUCUUCCUCUCCGACAGGGUCAGCGCCCACCCCUUCGGGCCAGGGGCCCACGACGCAAGGCAGGACCCCCCAGCCUUCCAAUGGCCCUGAAAGCCCUCGGGCUUUGACGCAGAGCUCCUCGGUGGGACCUACAGCUGUCACCCCUUCGGCGCCUGAGAACAGGACGGUGGAUCUCUUCCCGGUCUUACCGAUCUGUGUCUGUGACUUGACGCGCGGCACCUGUGAUGUAAAUUGCUGCUGCGACAGAGACUGCUUUCUUCUCCAUCCCAGGACGGUUUUCUCCUUCUGCCUUCCUGGGAGUGUAAGGUCUUCAAGUUGGGUGUGUGUGGACAACUCUCUUAUCUUCAGAAGUAAUUCCCCAUUUCCUACUAGAGUUUUCAUCGAUUCAAAUGGAAUUAAGCAAUUCUGCAUCCAUGUGAACAACUCAAAAUUAAACUAUUUUCAGAAGCUCCCAGAGGUUGAUAGAACCAACUUUCAGGCCCUGGCUGAAGAGUUUGGAGGCAAAGCAUUCAUUUCAUCAUUCCAGUCACAUUCGCCGCCACCUUUUUAUAAGGCUGGGGACCCCAUUGUGACUUACUUUUCUCAGUGGUCUGUGGUCAGCCUGCUGAGACAGCCUGCAAGUGUGGGAGCUGGAGGACUCUGUGCCGACAGCAAUCCUGCAGGUUUCCUGGAGAGUAAAAGUACAGCUUGCACUCGUUUCUUUAAGAACUUGACAAGUAGCUGUACCUUGGAUCCAGCCCUGGAUGCUGCCUCUUAUUAUAACUUCACAGUCUUAAAGGUUCCAAGAGGUGUGGCUGAUCUGCAGAAUAUGAAGGUGCCUGUAACAGUUACUUCACAAGCUGAUUCUCCUCUGUUGUCCGGAAACACUUGUCAAAAUGUUGUUUCCCAGGUGAUGUAUGAGAUAGAGACCAAUGGGACUUCUGGAAUCCAGAGAGUCUCUGUCAGUUUUGGACAAACCAGCCUGACAGUCGAGCCAGAUGCUUCCUUACAACAGCACUUCAUCGUUCACUUCAAGACUGUUGAACAAAGGGCAGCUGCUUCUCUUCCAAGUCCUCGGAGUGGGAAUCCUGGCUAUCUUGUUGGGAAGCCACUCUUGGCUUUAACUGGUGAUGUAAGACACUCAAUGACCCUCCUGCAGAGUCAGGGCGACGGAGCCUGCUCUGCUCAGAGACAUAAAGUACAGUUUGGAGUGAAUGCAAUGUCUGGGUGCAAGCUCAGGCUGAGGAAGGCAGGAUGUAGCCACUGGCAGCAGGAGAUGUAUCAGACUCUUCACGGAAGCCCCAGACCAGAGCAUGUCGCCAUCUUUGGUAACGCUGACCCAGGCCAGAGAGGACAGUGGACCAGGAUCCUCCAUAGAAACUGCAGUAGUUUGGCUACGAAUUGUACAUCCUGCUGUUUGCUACCAGUCUCCCUAGAGAUCCAGGUAUUGUGGGCUUACGUAGGCCUCCAGUCCAACCCACAAGCUCAUGUAUCAGGAACCCGAUUCCUGUACCAAUGCCAGUCUAUAAAGGACUCCCAACUACCAGUAGGAGUAUCUUUGACAACUCUUGUGACCUUUGUGGACAUUACCCAGAAGCCAGAGCCUCCAAGGGGCCAGCCCAGAAUGGACUGGAAAUUACCAUUUGACUUCUUCUUUCCCUUCAAAGUGGCAUUCAGCCGAGGAGUAGACUUUCAAAAAGGCUCAAUCUUUCCCGUCCUAACACUCUGUCUCUUACUACUUUGGGUUCUCAGCCUAGGCCCUAAGUGAAGAAAGGAGGAAUAUUCAGACUUCAAUUUUCCCUAUGGGAAACUCCCAGGCAGCCUACUUAUCCUGGCUAAACAGAUGCUCACCUGCUCAUUACCAGAUUCAUUACCUGAGGAGGACAUUUAAAGAAACAGAAGAUCAGAAGGAAGGAAUCAUUGGAGAAGAUAUUUAGAAAAGCAAUAAGAAAGUACUUUAUUCGUCGUAUCUCUCUGUUUGGGACUCUGCCGACCAGACGCAGUAUACAUUCUCAGGCAGAGAGGACAAGGAGCCCUUCCGGUUGCGUGGUGCCUGACUAAAGGUUUGGAAGGUCUUCAUCCACAGGCACCCUUGUGCCCAGGACAAAAAGGAACAUGCCUAUGCUGCCAGGCUGGGUCACCUCAGGAAUAGCUUCCCUCUGGACAUGAGAGCUGACUGUUCAGAAUUGAAAACUGCUGGCUGGAUAUUUUGUCUGAUUCCUCCCCACACCUUGGGCCACCCCCUUUGCCCAGGCUUGAGUCGGAAAAGCAAUUCUUUCUCCUGUUUCCAAAACAAAUGUGGAGUAGAAUCCCAGCCCUCUUUUCUACUAGCAAAUGACUCUGCCACCAGUUCUGCCCUCUCCUCCGCUCCAUUGUGCCAAGAGAGAACACUGGGAGAGCUUUGUACUUUGAGUGCAGGAGCAGAGCAGAGGUCAGCCGCCAUGUGGUCAGCCAUGUGAUUCCUCUGCUAUCUGUGAGGCUUCAAGAAAUUUUUUUAUCAAGUAUAAUGUAACAUUAACAUCAGGGGACCUAGGUUCUUUUCCUGAGAAGUACACCGAGGGCCUCAACUUUAUGGCACUAACAUUAAUUAGCAAGCUCAGCAAGACUUUUUUUUUUUUAAAUAAGAUAAAACUCAUUUACAAAGGGCAAUGCAGGCAGGCAUGGUUAGGCCCUGCCUGCCUGACCAAUUCCGAGAGUCUGCCUUGCAGAGCAAACUACUAUAAAAGGUACUUUCCCAUGGUCAUUCUUUUGUAGAGAAGAAUUGUUUGGGAAAUAAAACAGAAAAAUUGCAAAGCAGGAAGUAUAAAAAGAUGUAGGCCUGGUUAUGGAUUGAGCUGUGUUGCUCCGAAAUAUGUCAUAAAUCCUAACCCCUACAUAUCUGGAUAAAUCCUAUCUGGGAAUCGUUUUCCGUGUUGUGGUAAUAAAGCUGUAUCUGUAGAGUA